AUGUUGGUAACGUCAGAGGUACAACAACAUGCCUUUGAAGACGGUGGUUGCGAUGAAACUCUUGAUGUGCAUGGUAAAGUCGAUGAGAAUGAUGGUCUUUGUGCUGUUUGUCAUGACAAAGCAGCUGGAAUUCAUUACAAUGUGAUGUCUUGCUUUGGGUAAGAGUUUUAUGGAUAUUACUUUAGGUAUUGCUGCCCUAAUAUAGCUGCCUGGGCACUGCUCUACUCGAAUCUGAUUGUUUAAAAUGGAUUUUUUAGAUGUAAAACGUUCUUUCGAAGAGCCAUUAUCAAUUCGAGACGGUAUUUUUGCGAAAAAUUCAACAAAUGUGAUGUUAGCCAAAGGAGCGGGCGACAAAGCUGCAAAUCCUGUCGAUUACAAAAGUGUUUUGCGGUUGGAAUGAAAAUGAGAUGUUGGUAAACUACCCCUAACCCUACUCCUACUAUAUUCUUACCCUACACACCCUACGUAAUAAUAAAAUGUCAUUUUUAGGCCUACGUUCAAAAAGGGACCGGACAUACAAACAAUCAGUCGAUAAACCUGCCAAAUCUCACCAUCUGCCAAACGAAGGAUCAUCUAUAACACCCAAUGAUCUUCUUGAACCCAGUACAAGUCAUUCAGUCGACAAAACAGAUCAGAUGUUAUUUAAUUUUGUCACAAAUUUGACAAAAACUGACGUCGAAUUGAGGAAAAAGAAACAGAAAUGGCUGAUGACAUUGGAAGCCGUGAAGACGUUGCACAAGGAAGUUCAAGAGGUAAUAACUUUCUUUAAAAAACAAUAAAUGGCAAGAACUUUCUUUACAAAACAAAACAUGGCAAGAACUUUCUUUACAAAACAAAGAAUGGCAAGAACUUUCUUUACAAAACAAAACAUGGCAAGGACUUUCUUUACAAAACAAAGAAUGGCAAGAACUUUCUUUACAAAACUUACAGUUACAGCAAAGUCAAUCAAAUUACUGUCCAACCGUCCUUUGUUCAAGGAACUUCUGUAGACUUUUUCAAAAGAAAUGACAAGAACUUCCUUUACAAAUCAAAAAAGAAGAAAAAAUUUCUUUAUAAAGCAAAAAAUGGCAAGAACUUUCUUUACAACAAAGAAAAUCAGUCGUAUUUUAACAAAAAAAGCGCACUGCAGGCUGCGGGGGACAUGUUAUACGACGAUAUCGAAGAAUAGAGAGAACUUUCUUUACAAUACAAAAAAUGACAAGAACUUUCUUUACAAAUCAAAAAGUGACAAGAACUUUCUUUACAAAGCAAAAAAUGGCAAAAACUUUCUUUACAACAAAGAAAAUCAGUCGUAUUUUAACAAAAAAAGCGCACUGCAGGCUGCGGGGGACAUGUUAUACGACGAUAUCGAAGAAUAGAGAGAACUUUCUUUACAAUACAAAAAAUGACAAGAACUUUCGGGGCCAAUGAAGAAUCGUUACCCAGUGCAUUAUAGUUCCCAACGGUGCAUAACCGUUCCCCCAAUUAUUUAUUUUUAUAUUUUAACAUCUUCAAUUUAGAAAUAAAAUUUGAGCGGUGGUGCGUUGGGGAGAGAUACAUAGUAAAGGGUUAAGGAACAAUAGUAAAGCGUUGGGGAAUGGUAGUAAAGCGUUGGGGAAUGAUAGUAAAGCGUUGGGGAACGGUAGUAAAGCGUUGGGGAAUGAUAGUAAAGCGUUGGGGAGUCAUAGUAAAGCGUUGGGGAAUGAUAGUAAGCGUUGGGGAACGAUAGUAAAGCGUUGGGGAACGGUAGUAAAGCGUUGGGGAACGAUAGUAAAGCGUUGGGGAACGAUAGUAAGCGUUGGGGAACGAUAGUAAAGCGUUGGGGAACGGUAGUAAAGCGUUGGGGAACGGUAGUAAAGCGUUGGGGAACGAUAGUAAAGCGUUGGGGAACGGUAGUAAAGCGUUGGGGAACGAUAGUAAAGCGUUGGGGAAUGAUAGUAAAGCGUUGGGGAACGGUAGUAAAGCGUUGGGGAACGAUAGUAAAGCGUUGGGCAAUGAUAGUAAAGCGUUGGGGAGUCAUAGUAAAGCGUUGGCGAAUGAUAGUAAAGCGUUGGGGAACGGUAGUAAAGCGUUGGGGAACGAUAGUAAAGCGUUGGGGAAUGAUAGUAAAGCGUUGGGGAGUCAUAGUAAAGCGUUGGGGAAUGAUAGUAAAGCGUUGGGGAACGGUAGUAAAGCGUUGGGGAACGAUAGUAAAGCGUUGGGGAAUGAUAGUAAAGCGUUGGGGAGUCAUAGUAAAGCGUUGGGGAAUGAUAGUAAAGCGUUGGGGAACGGUAGUAAAGCGUUGGGGAACGAUAGUAAAGCGUUGGGGAACGGUAGUAAAGCGUUGGGGAAUGAUAGUAAAGCGUUGGGGAACGGUAGUAAAGCGUUGGGGAAUGAUAGUAAAGCGUUGGGGAAUGAUAGUAAAGCGUUGGGGAACGGUAGUAAAGCGUUGGGGAAUGAUAGUAAAGCGUUGGGGAAUGAUAGUAAAGCGUUGGGGAACGGUAGUAAAGCGUUGGGGAACGAUAGUAAAGCGUUGGGCAAUGAUAGUAAAGCGUUGGGGAACGGUAGUAAAGCGUUGGGGAACGAUAGUAAAGCGUUGGGGAACGGUAGUAAAGCGUUGGGGAACGAUAGUAAAGCGUUGGGGAACGGUAGUAAAGCGUUGGGGAACGAUAGUAAAGCGUUGGGGAAUGAUAGUAAAGCGUUGGGGAACGGUAGUAAAGCGUUGGGGAACGAUAGUAAAGCGUUGGGGAAUGAUAGUAAAGCGUUGGGGAACGGUAGUAAAGCGUUGGGGAACGAUAGUAAAGCGUUGGGGAAUGAUAGUAAAGCGUUGGGGAACGGUAGUAAAGCGUUGGGGAACGAUAGUAAAGCGUUGGGGAACGAUAGUAAAGCGUUGGGGAGUCAUAGUAAAGCGUUGGGGAACGAUAGUAAAGCGUUGGGGAGUCAUAGUAAAGCGUUGGGGAAUGAUAGUAAAGCGUUGGGGAACGGUAGUAAAGCGUUGGGGAACGAUAGUAAAGCGUUGGGAACGGUAGUAAAGCGUUGGGGAAUGAUAGUAAAGCGUUGGGGAACGGUAGUAAAGCGUUGGGGAAUGAUAGUAAAGCGUUGGGGAAUGAUAGUAAAGCGUUGGGGAACGGUAGUAAAGCGUUGGGGAGUCAUAGUAAAGCGUUGGGGAAUGAUAGUAAAGCGUUGGGGAACGGUAGUAAAGCGUUGGGGAACGAUAGUAAAGCGUUGGGGAAUGAUAGUAAAGCGUUGGGGAGUCAUAGUAAAGCGUUGGGGAAUGAUAGUAAAGCGUUGGGGAACGGUAGUAAAGCGUUGGGGAACGAUAGUAAAGCGUUGGGGAAUGAUAGUAAAGCGUUGGGGAGUCAUAGUAAAGCGUUGGCGAAUGAUAGUAAAGCGUUGGGGAACGGUAGUAAAGCGUUGGGGAACGAUAGUAAAGCGUUGGGGAAUGAUAGUAAAGCGUUGGGGAGUCAUAGUAAAGCGUUGGGGAAUGAUAGUAAAGCGUUGGGGAACGGUAGUAAAGCGUUUGCGAAUAAUAGUAAAUUAGAAUACGUAGUCAAUUACCUCGAAUACUGUGUUUUAUGGCGUAAAGUCCGGUGGCCAAAACCAGGAUCCUUGAGCCCAUUGUACGCCAUCUGUGUCGAGACCGAAAGGUUAGAGUUCGAAAAGUAGGUACCAUGACGAGUAGAGCGGGUUCAGCAAUCAGUACUUCCGUUUCGACAUCUCCACUAAAACAACAUAUGAUAAAUAUAAACAACUAACUUACCAUGUAUUUAUCGGCCAGUUCAGACUUUUUUUACAACUUCAUAAUCGACGAACAUUGCUGGCACGAAUAAGCCGGUGGGAGAAGAGAGUUGUCUAUCAUGAUCUGAAUAGCAGUGGUAUAUGCUUGCUUCUCUUGCACCGUGUUCCAUUUUUGACCAUCCAACCGAAUAGAAAGAAAGAAUGAAAAGCCAUAAUGAAAAUGAAAAAAUAUGUGAAGCAAAAAUUUGCAUAGUUUUAUUUAUUCUCACCGUGGGGAACGAUUAUGCCUUUAUGAGUGGGGAACGAUUCUUCGAUUUUGUGGGAACGAUUUUGCAUGAGCGCCGAACUUUCUUUACAAAUCAAAAAAUGACAAGAACUUUCUUUACAAAUCAAAAAGUGACAAGAACUUUCUUUACAAAGCAAAAAAACACAAGAACUUUCUUUACAAAACAAAAAAUGGCAAGGACUUUCUUUACAAACUUUCAUUUUCUAAAAAAACUUCAUUUUAGUACCCAAACCACAACAAAAAUGCAAUAAUAAGAAUGGCCGAUAAAACGGACAUGGCUACCGUAACUUCAGCUGAACUCUACUGUCUAAUCGACUGGGCGAAGAAGCUGCCAUUCUUUACGAAACUGAAUUUGAUGACUCAGACUUCGAUUUUACAAAGAUUUUCAGUCUUUCAUAUUAUCAUCGAGUUUGGUCAUUUCACUGCGAAAUCAAAGGCUGAAAACAUGUGGAUACUGUCGAAUGGGUCUGUGUUACCUAAAGAUGUGGAUUCGUUACCGGUCGGCAGUAAGGUGGGUGAUUGGGUAGGGCUUGUAGGGUUGAGUAUAGUCUAAUAGGGUGGGUUAAAGUUGGAUGGGUUGUGUUCGGUACGGUAGGUCCAAGUACGACAGGGUCAAGUAGGGUAGCGUACGGUAGGGUGAGGGAGGUAAGAUAAAGUAAGGUAGGGUACGGUAGUGCUGGGUAGAGUAGGUUAGGAUAAAGUAAGGUAGCGCUCGGUAGGGUAGGGCAAAGUAGGGUACGGUAAAGUAGAGUAGGGUGGGGAAAGGUAGGAUAGGGUACUGUAAAGUCGAGUAGGGUAAAGUAUGACAAAACUACAGUAAUGUACUCUAAAAAAAGUGUUGAGGCAUUAGUAUCAGAAGGUAGAGCCUGGCGGCAAGACAAGUUAUACCGCCAAAUGACUGAGAGUUGUAUUGAUGAAGUUGCUGAACCCAUGAAGAAGCUCAACUUGAUGGCUGAAGAGCUGUUAACAUUAAAAGUCAUUAUGUUCUGUCAAUGUGGAUUGAGAGUCAAUGGUACGAUUUAAGAAUUAUUCUUUUUAGUAUUUUGGACUUCGAAUUGAUUACUGUAUUUUUUUGUAAUUUCGUGCUGGGACCCAAAAUUACAUGCCUGAAUAUCAAGUUUAAUAAUUUUAUCAGUAUAAAGUGAUAAAAUAGUCUAUACUUCUACGUUUUAAUAGUUAUUUAAGCCUUCUAAGCUUAUAAUGCAAUUUUAUGUGUUUUCGUGCCGGGACCCAAAAUUAUUUUCUUAAAUGUCAAUUUUAAUCACUUUAAUAAUGUAAUAUGUUAAAACCGGCUGUACUUCCAAAUUUUAUUAGUCAUUCAAGCUUUUUAGGCUUAUAUUGCAACUUUAUCGGUUUUCGUGCCGGGACCCAAAUUUUUUGCCUGAACGUCAAGUUUAUUUACUUUAAUAAUGCACUGUGGUAGAAUAGGCUAUAAUUCUAAAUUUAUUAGUUAUUUAAGCUUUUUAGGCUUAUAUAGCAAAUUUACGUGUUUUCGUGGUGGAACCCAAACGUUUUGCCUGAAAAUCAAUUUUUGUCAUUUUUAUGUUACUUUAGUGGUAAAAUGAACUAUUUUUUAGAUAAAACACCAGAAGAUAUAGAGAUUUUAAAUCAAUCCAUCAACAAAAUCAUCAAGGCAUUAUUUGUUUAUUACCAAAAGAUACAUGUACAACAUUUUGAAGGUAGCUAUUCUAUAACAUUGUUGAUUAGGGUAGGAGUAAAGAUAGGGGCAAGGUAAUGUAGGGUAGGGUUUUAAAGUUAUUCAGUGUAAAAUACGAACGUUGAUUUCGUAAAAUUUCAGAAAGAUUUGGCAACAUAUUACUGUUGAUAUCAGGCAUAGUAGCAGCAGCUGCUCCUACCUUGGAAAGCUAUCGUAUCCAAAGUCUGUUUGACUUUGUGCCAUUUGACAAAAUAGCUAAAUCUCUCUUGUUCAGACAGAAUGAUGUACUUUGA